AUGAAGUUUGUAACUCUAGCUCUAGCUUUUCUGCUGGCUGCAGGUUGCCAAAGUAAUAAGCUGCAGGCUGACGCUCCAUCUCAAUAUGAGCACAUCAGAGCUGGGGUGGUGACCUACCUGACCCAGCUUAAGGAGUCAGCACAUCAAGCUGUUAACCAGCUUGAUGAUGCUGAGUUCAAGGAUUACAAGGCACGCUUCACUAAGGGCCUGGACAACAUUGAGGCUGCCAUCAAGUAUGCCGCUGAAUCUCUUGCCCCAGUCCGUACGGGAGCCGGACCCCAGAUUGUUGAGUUCAUUUCGAGUAUUCGUGAGACGUUUUCCCAUGAUCUGAAGGAGCUUGGCAAAGAGCUGCAGCCUAAGCAAGAGGAGCUGUAUAAGGUUAUAAAGAAGCAUCUUGAGGAGUACAAGACAUUGUUGGAGCCUGUGGUGAAGGACUACAAUGAGAAGAACCAGCAGCUGAUAGAAGAUUUCAGGACCAAGGUUCAGCCUGUAUUUGAUCAGCUGAAGGCGAAGUUCAGCGUCAACCUGGAAGAGACCAAGUCCAAGCUGACCCCCAUUGUGGAAACCAUUCGUGACCACCUAGCCAAUAAAUUUCAGGAGCUGAAGACCGCAUAUGGACCCCAUGCCCAGGAGUACAGGGAGCAGAUUGAACUUGCCUAUGCUGACGUGCGGCAGAAGUAUGAAAGUGGCAAGCUGCAGGAGAAUCUCAAGAAAUUAGUUGAAGAGCUCAAACCCCAGCUGAAGGGUAUCUACGAGACCAUUGAGAAGGCUUUCAAGGAAUAA